AUGGCGUUGUGAAUCAAACAAUUGAUUUUGACAUCUCUUAUUAAGCAGUCGUCAAAUGGUAUAUUAAUAUCCGGAUCUCGUUCUUUCCUUUUCUUCAUAUCGUACAAGAUGGCCCGAGGUCCUAAAAAGCAUUUGAAGCGUCUAGCAGCACCUAAAGCAUGGAUGUUAGAUAAAUUAGGAGGAGUUUUUGCCCCACGUCCAUCCACUGGUCCUCAUAAGUUAAGGGAGUCAUUGCCUUUAAUGAUCUUCUUGAGAAAUCGCCUAAAGUAUGCUCUAAACGGUGCCGAAGUUACGAAGAUUGUUAUGCAGCGUUUGAUUAAAGUUGACGGUAAAGUGCGUACAGAUCCUACAUACCCUGCCGGAUUUAUGGAUGUUAUUACUAUUGAAAAGACUGGCGAAUAUUUCCGUUUAAUUUAUGAUGUUAAGGGUCGUUUCACAAUUCAUCGCAUAUCCCCCGAAGAGGCAAAGUACAAACUGUGUAAAGUUCGUAAAACACAAUUAGGUGCGAAGGGUGUACCUUUCAUUGUUACCCAUGAUGGACGCACCAUACGUUAUCCUGAUCCAUUGAUAAAGGCCAAUGAUACUGUUCAAGUUGAUAUAGCUACAGGCAAAAUUAUUGAUUUCAUUAAAUUUGAUUCUGGCAACUUGUGCAUGAUCACUGGCGGCCGUAACUUGGGACGCGUCGGUACAGUUGUUAAUCGUGAAAGACAUCCUGGCUCAUUUGACAUAGUUCACAUUAAGGAUUCACAAGGACAUAUUUUCGCUACCCGUUUGUCUAAUGUUUUUAUUAUCGGCAAAAGUACACGUUCGUAUAUUAGUUUACCUAAGGAUUUGGGCGUUAAAUUGAGUAUUGCUGAAGAACGUGAUAAGCGUUUGGCUGCUAAAGCUCAUUAAAAAGAAAGUGAAUUAAUAAAAUGAGUUUUUCUAUAUUACAAAUUAAAGUAAUGUGAAGGUUUUUUCACAUUUUAUAAAACGAGAACACAUCUAAACA